AUGGCCCAAGUAACCCCUUCUUCGCCACCCCCCGUGUACGACGCAGAGGACGAUGAAUCGCGACAGAACCUGCUGCACGAAUCGCGUGACUCGUCGUUCGAAAUCGAGCAGUUUGAACUCGACGACUCCCCCAGCGGACCCCUUCCUGGAGGCUCUCAUCCCAACGCAAGCACAUCAACCCUCGCAAGAGCGCAACAAGUCGCUCAAAACGUGGCGACAUACUCGUCAAAACUCUUCACACCAGUAAAACAGCUGCUGGAUCCCGUGGCCCGCUUCUGGCACAAAUGCAGCGUGGCCAUGGACGUGGAGCUGGCCCGCUGGGGAAAUCCGCUCAUUCUCAAGCGGCUCGUCUAUCUGGUGUUUGUGUCCACGUUUGUCAUCUUGGCCAUUCUAUUUGGCCUUGUGCCCAACAACAGAAACUCGUUUGGCCUGCCAGACGCCAUGGCAACGCGUGAGGACCUCCUCACUUACAUGCGGGAGGUGCUGGAGUCGUCGGAAAUGAAGUCGCGACUCGACUACAUGAGCAGCAUGACGCACGCUGCAGGAACUAGUGGCGAUCUGACGCUGGCAAAGUACGUGGCCAACGAAUUCAAGAGAUACAACCUUGAUAACGUGGAAGUCAAGGAGAUCAAGGGAUAUGUGGUCAUGGCUGACAACGGACAGGUGGGAUGGGAAGUUGUGGGGGAGCAGGGCAACCAAAAACGAGAAGACCAGUUUGGGCAGACCCCCGAGGAAAACUCGGUACCUGCCUUCAUGGCAAACUCACACCCUGGAGAAGCUGAGGGUCACGCCAUUUUCGCAAACUACGGAACUGACGCCGAUUUCAAGGCGCUUGAAGCCGCAGGCAUCAAACUGGAAGGUGCUAUCGUGUUUGUGGCUUACAACAACGUGCCUACUGGCCUGAAGGUGCAAACCGCCCAGUACCAUGGUGCUGCUGCCGUCGUUGUGUUUUCCAACGACCCUGAGAACGCUGAUGCCGUUCGACGAGAUACCACUACCAAUGUUCUCAUGUCUCCUGGCUUUGUCAACUUCCCAGGAGGACCGCGUUCUUACAGACCGAGCAAGGGCGUUGAUCCUGGAGACGCUACUGCUGGUUCCAAGAUCCCUGUUGUGCCUGCUUCUCUUAAGGACGUGGCUCCUGUGCUUCAAAAGCUCAAGUCAGGGGCUCGGUACGAUAACGACGGUGUUCGUUACUCGGGUGACGAUAAGUCAAACGUGCGUAUCAAGGUCCGAAACAACGUCAAGACUGACGAGCAACAUCCCCUGUGGAACGUCUUUGGUCGAAUUGAGGGUAACCAGCAACCUGAUCUCAAUGUCAUUGUGGGAAGUGCCCGUGACGCUGCCUGUUUCGGAGCCAUGGACCCCAUGUCUGGCCAGAUUGUGAUGCUUGAGGCUGCCCGAAUCAUCUCUGGUAUGACUCAGCAUCUUCAGUGGUACCCGGAGCGAACCAUCACCUUUGCUUCCUGGGAUGGAUCCAAGCAAGGCUUUGCUGGUUCCAACGAGCGACCCAUUGUCUUUGGGCACGACCUUUGUGACGAGACCACGGCAUACAUUAACGUGGCUGAUGCUGUCACUGGCUCUGAGUUCCAAGCUCAUGGACACCCCUACUUCAACAACAUUGUGCGAAAGGCUCUUGUUGAGGUCAAGUCCCCUCAGAAUGAAUCGUUUGUCGACCACUGGCCCGAAAAGCGCGUUAAGCAGUUCCGACAGGCUGGAGACUACAUGGGUCUUCUCAGUACCUGUGGUAUUCCCAGUAUCGAUGUUGGCUUCAAGGGUAGCUCUUUCCCUCAUGACACCUGUAAGGACACUGUGGGCUGGAGAGACGAGUUCCUUCCCGACUCGAUCGACUAUCUUAAGGCCAUGGUUGAGAUUGUAGUUCGACUGGCGCUGUCAUCUGCCGAUGACCCCGUUCUCCCCAUUGACACUGCAUACUACGCCUCUGAGAUGCGAUCAUAUGUCGAUGAUCUUAUCAAGUACUCGGAAGAGGCUGACCCGAACUUUGUCCAUGACUUCCGGGGGCUCGAUGCUGCUGUUGCUCGUGUUGAGACAUUUUCGCAGAAGUUCAUUGAUGCCACUUCCCAGUACUCUGAGAUCACUCGGGCCAUGGAGUUCCCCAACAAUGCUGCGAUUCGACAUUCGAACAACAUUGCGCUUCGAAAGUUUGAGUCUCGUCUUCUUGAGCCUCGAUCGCCUGAGGAGCCUCGGUCUUGGGCCCAACAUUGCAUUUUUUCACCCCAGGCUGUUCCCCAAGAGGACUUCGAGUGGUACACGUUUGGCAACAUUCGGGACCAGUUGCGGCUCAAGCGCCACGCCAAGGCUCAGGAGCUUAUGCAGAAUGCUGCACACAGAAUCUACAAGAUUUACGGAAAUAUUUAG